GAUGCCAACUGGGAGGUGGUGCAGUGGGCGCUGGUCGCAGUGCUUUUGAGCGGGCGCUGGUGGCAGUGGAAGACGUGGAUGGGGCCAUUGCAGGGCUCAAGUUGGAGGGGUGCGAUACUCUCAUGCGUUCGCUAGUGGCGGUGGAGGAUGCGGAUGGGGCCAUUGCAGGGCUAGAGUCGGAGGGAGUCGACUCAAAACUUGUCGCGCUGGUGGCAGUGGAGGAUGUGGAUGGGGCCAUCGCAGGGCUCAAGUCGGAGGGGUGUGACACACGCAUGCGAGUCGUCUCACUAGUCACCUCGCUGGUGGCAGUGGAGGAUGUGGAUGGCGCUAUUGCAGGGCUCAAGUCCGAGGGGUGCGACACGCUCAUGCGGUACCUGUACCGCGCACUGAGAACAGGGGAUGCAUCGCUGUGUGCGCGAGCGCUGCGGGUGCAUGAGAAGCUGACGGAGAAGGCAGGGCUGGGCUGCAUCAUGCGCGUUAUGGCUGAUAGGAAGCACACCGUCUAA